AGACCGACGGUGCAUCCCAACGUUCCUCCUGCGCGUCAGUGCCAGUGCAGCGCGUGUCGCGUUAUCGUGCCCGCAAUCGAAACCCGUUGCCUGCGAGUGCGACCUACCGCCGACCGACCGUCCGACCGAUCGAACCGACCGUGUGCGAUCGCGUUUUCGCCGGAGCUCGCGCAACACCUUUGCCCGACCGGCGAAACCGUCCGCGCCAUGAGGAUCUUGCCGUUCGUUUUCCUCCUGCUCAUGGGAAUGACGUGGAGAUGCGUGCAAUCCACAUGCGUUUUAGAAACGGAUUUUGGACUUUCGAUCAACUGUGGAUUAAAAAAAACUGGAAUGUUCCGCGUAAGAAACCUUGGUGGCUUUAAAGGAUACGUCGGACUAGGUAUUCAACUGGCCGACGAACUGGGUUUCAAGGAGUCACUCUCAUCCCUAGAACAGAGCAACAAACGCCGUUCCGUCAACGGGUUCCUCGCACCAGGAUCGUUCGAGCCUCUGGCCGUGCCGCAUAACAACGACAAUCAAGCCACCACAUCAGCGACCAACAACCUACUGGACCGGUCGGCGUACGCGAAAAUGAACGGCCGAACGGUGACCGGCAAGUCGGUGACCGUGCCUCCAUUCCGUCCACUGGUGGCCGCGACCAACAACAUGGUUCGCAACGUCCGACUGGCCACCCAACAGCAACAACAACAACUGCCCUUGAAGCCGCUGCCGGUGCCCGCAUUCGCCGCGCUCCCCGAGUCAAUAGCGAAGAUCGCCGUCGAGACGCCCAAGCCGCAGCAGCCUUUGGCCGCCGGCCACAGGCAGCCACAGUCGCCCGCGCACAUGCAACCGAUGACAACUUCCGCGUUUGCCACCCUCCGGCAACCGGUCGCCAUUGUCCAGCCGCAGAUCCCUCAGCCGCAGCUCGUUCAGGUGGUGCAGGUCCCGCAGAAUAUCCAGCUACACCACGGACAAAACCAGCAGCAGAAGCUCGUCCAGUUGGUGCAGCUUCCUCAGAAUUUCCAGCCGCAACAGCAGAUCGUCCAGCAACCGAAGUUGUCGCCCGUUUAUCAUCACAACGCCAUGCAGCAGGUGGCCAACAGACGAUAUAAUGCGUUCGCGUCGAGCCAACAGAACGCGUCGGACGUGCGGCCGAUAAUCGUGUUGCCGACGCCGACGGCGGACAACCGGAAGUUGCGACCCGAGAACGCGGUGCUGACCAACGACGUGGACCCCGGGUCCAUGAUGUCGCUGUUCAACGUGGCCGCGGCCAACAACGUGAGCGUCGAGCAACUGGCCAUGGCACUGAGACACCGGCAACAGUGGCCGUCGUUCUACUCGGCGUCCACGGACACGCAACCGGCGACGACCACCACCGCCACGACCAGCACGACCAGUACCACGACCACCGCAGCGCCGCCACCGCCGACCACGACCACGACUGCGGUAUACGACAUGCCGGAUGAGCCGCCGGCAACUAAGAAGAUCGCCAUUAAACCGUACAGGUACGGGCAUGCGAGCGGCCACAAAGUGAUGAACGCGCCCAACGAGUACUACCCCGUCGGGUACGACAAGAACUUCGACGAUCACUUCGUGUCCAAAGUGGACUUGCCCGACACCAGCUUUAGCUGCGGCGAACAAAAGCAUUUCCCCGGUCUGUACGGUGACGAGGACUUGGGCUGCAUGGUGUUCCACGUGUGUGCGUUCACCGAUGACGGUCUGACGCAGAAGAGCUUCCUGUGCCCGGAGUCGACGCUGUUCGACCAGACCAUACUGAAGUGCAACUGGUGGUUCUACGUGGACUGCAAGUCGUCCAGGAAGUUGUACGACAGCAACAUACCCAUAUCGAAGAGCUACCAGCUGAUGAAAGCAUUAACGUUCUUCUCGUCAUACGCGGGCGGUCCCACCGUCGACGCGUCCGUGGCCGCCGCGACCGCGGCCGUGUCAACUGCGUACGACCACGACGAAAGAUCACCGGACAAGUCGGCCGACGGAGGGUCACCUGACAAAUCAGCCGACGGACGAUCACCGAACAAGUCGGCUGACGAAGGGUCGCCGGGUCAAAAAUCGUCCACCACGGCGGUGCCGACCGCCGAAUUCCUGCCCGCCAGCUCGUCCGCGGCCAGUUCCACCGAGAUUCUGGACAACGUGUCCUUCCGGAGACGAUGAUUCGACGCGAUUCCCGGGCCCCGGUGUUCUGCUGCUGCACUAUCCCGUUUCAUUUUUUACAUUGUUUUACCCUCCGCCGCCGGUGUGGUGACUCGAGAAACGCGGUCGAUUUCUCGUUUUAUUUAUUAUAUUACAAUGUACUUUUCUUUCGAUUAGUAUUAUUUAACUUAUCGCCGAUGCGCACGUUCGUGUCGUAGUGUUAUUAUUAUUAUUAUAAUUCUUUUUUCUUAGAGACUAAUUUCUAGAUUCGUACCUUGUGAUAUUGUGAUAAAACUAUACAUGUUCAAAAUUAUAAUCAUUUGUGUACGUGUACAUGUAUAAAUUAUCAUAUUAUUAUUAUUAUUAUUAUUAUUAUUAUUAUUACUGUAAUGACAUUAUGUAUAGUACGCUUCAAAUAUGUUUUCGAAUUGCUCAUUUUAAAUUUAAAUUGUUAUUACUUUGAUAACAUUAUAAUUCCAUUCGUAGUUUUAAUAAAAUUGUUUCUUACAGUUUAAGUGUACAACUUGUAUUAGACUUGUGUAGUAUUAUUUUUAUAACGAAACUUUUAUACGUUUA